AAGUGACUCUGGUGUCUCGGAGGGGGGCUGAUUAUGGUGUGGGACACCAGGAAAGAGGAAGCAGUAGAACCGGAAGUAGGUAGGGAUGAGGCUGCUGCACCUGUGAAGGAGGUAGAGCGAGAGAGAGAGAGAGAGGAGGCGGGAGCCGCGGCGUGAGGGUGGCGAGUACGGCUGAACAGGUGCCAGGACGUUGCCUGGGCCCUUUGGCUAGCUCGGGGUCGGUGUUCGCUGGAUAACUUUCCCUCCUGAAACGGGCACUGCGUCGGGCGGGGACCCGGGUCGCCCCAGGAUGGCAGAGUCAACCACCAGCGUGGGAGCCACAGCGACGGUCACCGAGACGGAGGUGACUGAGCCGGAGAAUCGCAGUCUCACCAUCAAACUGAGGAAACGAAAACCAGCCAAGAAGGUUGAAUGGUCAAGUGACACAGUGGACAAUGAACAUUUGGGACGGAGAUCUUCCAAAUGUGAGCUGGAACACUUAUGCUUUGAGACAUUCCUUCUUCGCUGUUACUUUGUUAUUUCCCACACAUUAGCCCGUUUUACUAGAUCGGUGUUUAGUGGCUUAACUGUUAGCAGGCUACUUGAAUCCUCUCAAGCUGUCUGGAGCCACUACUUCACCUGCACACCUUUUCCUUGUGUUCGCCAUUGUCCAGGACCAGGUUUCACAAUUCCUGGCGAUGUGCAUAAAUGUAUAGGAUUAAACAGAAACUUACCAGCCAGGACUAGCUCAGAAAACAAACAGGUAGCGUUGGGAAUCCAGGUGCCCAGUCAUGUGUAUUUUGUGAACCAAGAACCUGAAGAUGAAGGCUGCGGCAACGCCCACUGCAUCCGGGGCCACAAACGAGGCCAGCGGGGGAAGGCGCCGGGCAAGUCGGGGGACCCUGCUUCGUCAGAGGGCUGCUCCCAGAAGCCAGAGCCACCUGACCAGAACCAUGCCGGAGCCAUGCAGCACUGAGCCCCAGCUUGCCCGGGAGUGGGGAAGGAGUGCCCCCCACUCCCACUCCAAACAGGGACUACUUCUGCCCCAACUCUGGAGAAAAGGGGGGAGGGAGACGAAGGGAGGGCCCACACAUCCAGCUGC